AUGGAGAAGCAAGACCUGGAGUCUCAAAAGCCAACCCCACGGGUUGAUCCCGACUCGGAGGACGACCUGGCACUCAAACCUCAACAGUCAAACGCCUAUGGCAUCCCAACAUGGCGCAAAUCUCUAAUCUUGUUCAUUGUCAGCUGGAUGACUCUGGCCGUCACAUUUUCAAGCACUUCGUUGCUUCCCGCAACCCCCGAGAUCGCUACCGAGUUUUCGACGACAUCGGAGAUCCUCAAUGUCACUAAUGCCGGCGUGCUGCUUGCCAUGGGAUUCUCCUGUCUCAUCUGGGGACCCAUCGUUAACAUCUGCGGGCGUCGAAAUGCCUACAAUGCAGCUAUAUUGGUCCUGUGUGCGUGCUCGGCCGGCACCGCCGUGGCGACGACUUUGCAUAUCUUCAUUGCGAUGCGUAUUCUGAGUGGUUUCACCGGUACCUUUUUCAUGGUCGCUGGACAGACCAUCAUAGCGGAUAUCUUUGAGCCAACUGUACGUGGAACAGCUACGGGAUGUUUCAUGGUUGGAUCAGUCAGUGGUCCUGCUAUUGGGCCUUGUAUCGGUGGCAUCAUUGUCACAUUUGCCCAGUGGCGUAUCAUCUAUUGGCUACAAUUUGGAAUGACCCUGCUUGGUCUCAUCCUAUCACUUCUUUUCGUGCCCAGUGUGCAAGAGAAGAACCUAGUCAUCGGCUCUGGCCAGCCAUUGAAAAUUUCCACCGUUCUCAAGAUGUUCAAUCCUCUUCGCAUUUUUCGCCAGUUCAGGUACCCAAACGUGUUUAUUGCCAAGCAGUGCCUCACAUGCGGUCUUCUCUCGACGUUUCAAUACGCCAUCUUGACAUCAGCCCGCUCCAUCUUCAAUCCCCGAUUCAAUCUCACAACUCCUCUCGUCAGCGGCCUCUUCUAUCUAGCCCCGGGAAUCGGGUUCCUCGUUGGCAGCGUCGUUGGCGGCAAGCUAUCCGAUCGCGCUGUGAAGAAAUGGAUCAAAAAGCGAAAUGGUGUUCGGUUGCCACAAGAUCGACUGAAUAGCGGCAUUGCUACGCUAUUUGGAGUUCUGCCAGCCGCAACCUUGAUCUAUGGCUGGACCCUGGAAGAGGAGGUGGGCGGUAUGGUAGUCCCGAUCAUUGCUGCUUUCUUUGCAGGUGUGGGGCUUAUGGGCGCUUUCAACGCCUUGAAUACCUACUCAGCUGAGGCUAUGCCCCAAGCUCGCUCGGAAACUAUUGGCUGCAAGUACAUUGUGCAGUAUAUUUUUGCUGCCGGAGCAACGGCGGCCGUUGAGCCGCUGAUCAAUGCUAUUGGAGUAGGAUGGACGUUUACGAUUUGUGAGUUGCGCCUCUUUGAUUCUUGGGAGCUAUCAAAUCUGACUAUCUGGAUAGGCGUUUUCUUUGCUAUAAUUGGCGGGUUCCUUGUUCUCACCAUCAUCAGAUGGGGCACUGAUAUGCAAGAAUGGACCGAGAGGACAUACGGGCUUAACAAAAAGCCCUAA